AUGGACUCCAAGAUGUAUCUUGCUGAGCAGGUGCUCAAUGAGCAGCGUACGAUCACCUACCGGGCCUUGGGCCGCGCGCUGAAGGUCCAUGCCAACCGCGCCAAACAGUUGCUAUUUGAAUUCCACAGCAAGGAAAACGCGAAAAAGCCCCAGAGUGUUCACGCUACCUACGUCAUCUCGGGAAUCCAGAAACCUCCAGAGCCGCCUGCGACGAACGGUCAUGCGAAGGACGACGAAGAUGAGGUCAUGCAGAGCAGUCCCUACUUGCCCAGCUCGAUGCCAAAUCAGGACGCCCCCUCCGACUCGUUGCGUAUUGCCUCGAUCAUACUAGCCCGGGAAGAGGAUCUGGAGGAUGCAAAAGCUACAUUCCAGUCAAUUUCAACGAUCCACGUCUAUAGCGUUCAACCGACAGCUCUCCAGGACCUCAAUGUUUUGACGGAUGUGUGUCGGGAAGUCGCUACUGCAUACGCGCAGGACGACCCGUUAGAGGGCGGAAAGGACUGGGGCAUGAUCCAAAAUCGCAACGUCAAGCGGAGAACGGGAGCUCGUCCGCCGCCACCGCCAACUGCUUCGGCGCCUAAGACCAAGACCGAAUCCACAGUCCCUGCCAAACGUCCCUUCGAGAAAUCUGCGCCUGCAGGCAAAACUGAAAACAAGCCCGAGGAAACGAAAUCUCAGUCAUCCUCGGCCGCGAACUCUCAAACGUCCUCAAAGCCUGCUGCAAAGCCAGCUCCCAAGCGCGAGAAGAGCAAUCUGUUCAGCUCAUUCGCCAAGGCUAAGCCAAAGCAGAAGACAUCAACUCCUGCCGAGUCGGCGACGCCAAGCGGUGCGGAAGAUGUUGUACUGGAUGACGCCUCGGAAGAGGAGGCCGAAGAGCUCUUCCCAAAUAGCGCCGACACAGCCGCGGCAGCAGCCACCCGCGAAAGCAAAAAAGAGCGAGAAGAGAAGCUCAAGGCCAUGAUGGAAGAUGACGACGCAGACGAUGAGGAAAUGCCCGAUGCCGACGAAGAGCCGGUGCGUGAGCCGACUCCCAUCGAGCAACCACCGCCUUCCAAGCCGGCAGAGCUCAAAGAGGAGGUGACUGUGCAAGGCGGCCGCCGACGAGGCAAGCGUCAAGUCAUGAAGAAGAGGACGGUCAAGGAUGAGGAGGGAUACUUGGUCACUCGAGAGGAAGCAACGUGGGAGUCCUUCUCCGAGGAUGAGCCGGCGCCCAAGAAGAAGCCGGCCGUCAAUGUGGCCAAGGGCAAGGGAGCUAAACCCGGACAGGGGAAUAUCAUGUCGUUCUUCGGCAAGAAGUAG